CAGCUUUGAAAUUCGGGAGAAGCCAGACCUGUUGGUGUGUCAGAGCCUUUACGCUGCAGCUGAUCCUCCAGCUUCCUCCUGUAGGGUUUUUUUCCCUCUCUGAUCUUCCCUCUCAGUUUCCUCUGUAUCAUCUUGAGUUUCUCUUUAUUUCCUGACUCAAAGACCCUCCUUUUUUCCUUAAGAGUUUUUAUGUCAGGCGUAAUCCAGGGUUUAUUUUUGGGAAAACACUGUACAGUCCUGGUCAGUACGACAUUUUCCACACAGAAAUUGAUGUAGUCCGUUAUACAAUGUGUGAGACUGUCAAUGUUGUGGAUGUGGGUGUGAAUUUCUUUGAUAUUUUUAUUAGAAAACUAAUGUGCAGACAGCCACAUCUGCUGCUGCACCUGGCCCAGCUCUGUCAACUGCUGCUGACUCUGCUGCUACACCUGGUGCUGUACCCUCUGCUAGUUAAGUGCGACCCAAAUUAACCCCUGAAAUGGUACUCAGCACUACUAUUUAAUGAAAAACAUAAACAGAAUCAAAGCCUGCAAACGGUAGCUUUCACAAUGAUAAAGUUCCAAACACUUUAAUUACAUGUAUAUUGCUUUGACCUGUACAACUCUGUGAUCAUUUAACUUGUGACAUUUCAUCCUCCCGGAGGAUGAAAUGUCACAAGUUAAAUGAUCACAGAGUCCCCCAGUUAUUCAAACCACGGUUUGGUGGCUGAAGCCCAACCUCAGUGUGGCCAGGAAAACUUCUCAGGUAUGAUUCCACAUAUUGGUUAAUGAAUGUGGUAGCCAUUUUCUAAUGUUGUAUAACCCAUGUAUAAUAAUGCAUUUUAUUAGUUUGCACUCUCUUCUUCUUAAAUAAACUGAAUUGAAAUGACUUUGUGUUAAACUUGAAACAUUAAAAAUGGAUCUUUUUGGCAGAAUAGUUGGUAUGGUACUGUACAUGCAAUUUCUCUUUUCGUCCAGGUCGUUUCCAGCACUGCCACCACAUCAUCUGGCAGUUUGAUUGAUGCCUCUGCAACAAGAACCACUAACAUGGGGGAGGAGCAGGAAGAUGAAGGCUUUGAGGACCAGGAUCUAGACCCAACAGUCAGACAGCCUGAUAACAUCAGCAUCUGUUCCAGGCCAGUCUGUUGCUUCAUCCACCCAGCCUGCUACUGCUGCCUCUGUGUCCACCCAGCCUGCAGCCGUCUCCGUGCCUGAAGGACAACUGGCUGUGGAUGAGCACAACCUGCCAGGAAUGGAUCUUGUGGACAGCCUAGCAGAGUAUCUGGUGGCUCUGAAGAACCAUACUGGUUUGACCUUGAGCAACCAACAGGUCAGCACCAUCACUGACCUCUGGCAGAGCCUGCUGCCAUAUGACCAGAUACGGGUGGUGUUCACUGCCAGGCACCAAGACAGGCUCAUAGCAGGAAAGUUCAGAGGCAGAGUUUACUCCUGAUGUGGAGAGCUUGAAGCGAUGUGUGCUGGGAUCCACUGCCCCCAGUGGCCAGACUGCUGCCGCUUGGUGGAAGCCAUUUGUAUUAGACUCUGCGGUUUACACAAGAAUCCAAAAAAGAAAGUAAAUGGUAAAGAACAGGACUACAUUACAAAAUGGACUUGUGUCCUGCAGGAUAACCGCAAAAUCCGGCAGCUAAUUCUGGGUAAUGGAGCCAGCAUGCAGAGCAUUACACUGCAGCUGGUUGAGAUCAAUCAAACAACCCUGAUGCAGUGGCAUAAUAAACGGGUGAAGCGCCAGGAUGUUACACUGAUCCUGCAGGGAAUAAAUCUACCUGGUCAUAUUGCUGUGGCCUCGGAGGCCCUUCCAACUGCCAACACCCGCGCUGCUGCUCCUCCUCAAACACACUGCACUGAACUUGUUUACAACCUGCCCCCAAGCACUGUGGGGUUGGCAAAGACAAAGUGGCGGGCAGUAGUUCCUGUCACCGCUGCCCCACAGGCUAUCAUGCCACAGCCAUCAGCACAGAAUCUACUUUUUCUACAGCCUCCUGCUUCUGGUCCUCUGUUUGUCUUCCCUCAAGCAACCUUUGUCUGUUCUCAAGCCCCAGGAACUUUCACUUUUUUUGCUGUUCCAACACCUGCAUACCGUGCCCCCCAUACACCUGUUGCCCCUCUUGCUCCAUCAGCACCUCCACCUGCCAGUGGUCGCCCUGCCUCUAAGGCAAGGUUUAAUAAGAGGAAGGUGGAGUACAACACUUGCAGGAAAUGUGGACAACUUAGGACCGCAGAGACUGGGCACAGCCAAUAUCAAGGCACUAUCUACUAGAUAAAAAAAUCUAAAAUGUAAAUGUAUAAUGUAAAUAGUUAGUUAGAUUUUCCUAUGCUGUUAUGUAUUGUGCUUUACAUUGUAUAUGUGUUUUACACUUUAAGUUUUACACUUUGUACAGAAUGUGUUAGUUUGUUGAUUCUCUUGUUUUCCUACCUGGUGUCAAAACAAACCUUUGUAUAGUUAGUCAUUUCUUGUGCUAAACAAUAUUAUUCAUUACCUCAAGACAUAUGGUUUUGUUCAGAUCAAUAAUGUAAUAAAGUUGACAUGUUUAUAUUAA